GAGGAGAAUGAUGUAUAUUUUUCUUGAUUUCUGCCCAAGCAUGUCUGUUCUGUAGGCGUCCUGGAGUCCUUCCCAGAAGGCAGAUCUCAAAAAUCUUCACUGCCAAUCAUGAAUACGAGUUCCAUUUACUUCAAAGAAUGAAACUUGUUCAGAGUUACAUGAAUGAAAAAGAACAACUGCUGAUUAUCAUCUCCACUGAUGACCUGAGUAAGAGGACCCCCUCAUUCACCAGUGUCUUUCUGUUCCCUAUAGCAGUCAGGGAAUCUACUAGAGAGGCAGCUGAGUUGAGACUGAGUUGACUACCUAGAUGUGUGACUUUGAGCAGGUCACUUAAUUUCUCUGUCUGUUGCUUCUACAUAGAAUUAGAGUAAGAGUCUUCAUCCCUCUUUAUUUUCCUUUGAACUUUGCCGAAGAAAGGCAUUACAAAAGGGCUGAGGAAAAUUCUACCAGCAACAUUGAUAGCUGCUCUGUAAGGAUACACAAUGUACCCUCAACACAGAAAGUUUAGAAAUGUGGCCUUUCCUGCUACAUUUAUGCAUUAUCAGGGCAGUGUUAUCAUCAGUUACAAUACCACCAAAUGUUAAAGAAAAUAAACAUAGAAUACUCAAAAUGGAACCAUGAUGCUGAAAAGGAGCAAUGAAGACCCUGAGCUCCUCAACAUGACUCUGCUUAAUUCUACACGUACACUCUUUGUUGUUACAUAUCAGACAUGACAAACCUUGACAGUGCAUAUUCUUUUGGUCCCCUAAUCCAAGGGGAGAAGAGUCUGGGGUUUACAUUUAAGCUGGGGCUUCCAAUUUUAGGGCAAUGUUCAAUAUAGUUACACCACAUAACAGUACCUUUAUGUCCCACAAAUCAAGAAGAACCGUGAAUAUGGUACCUAACCUCCCUAAACCUCUGUAUUAGUUUGCUAGGGUUUGCAUUUUUUAUAAAAAAUACCACAGUUUGAGUCAUUUAAACAACAAAAAUAAAUUUUCCCAUGGUUUUGGAGGCUAGACGUCCAAGAUCAACUUGUUGGCAGAUUUGGUUUCUCCCAAGGACUUUCUUUUUGGCUUAGAGAUGGCUGCCUUAUUUCUGUGGUCCCUCAUGGCUUUUUCUCUCUGGUGUGUGUGUCUCCAGGGACACACUGUAUGUGUCUUCCUGGUGUCUCUCCCUCUCCUUAUAAGGAUACCAGUCAGAUUGGAUUAGGGCCCACUUAAUGGCCUCAUUUUCACUUAAUCACUGCUUUAAAGACCUUCUCUCCAGUUACAGUCACAUUCUGAGAUUAAGGCUUCAAUCUACGGAUUUGGGACGGAUACAAUUCAAUCCAUAACAGCCUCUGUAAAAAUGGGCAUCAUGAGAAGUUAUGUAAGAUGCAGAUGGAACCAUGAAUUAGAAAAUGGCUUGUAAGUCAUCAUAACAAUACUGUACCAAUGGCAUCAUCAUUUUUGUCAUCAUAAUUAUUAUUAUCUAUGGUACAUUGUCAGACUUCUGGGAAAUCUAAAUUUUCCAUCUUUGGAAGAAUUAUAGCAUAGCGGUUAAGAGAACAUGCUCCAGAAUUAAGACAUCUCGACCCAAAUCCUGGCUCUAUUACUUUUUAGCUGUAUGGCUCUCAGAAAUGAUUUUUAACCUCUCUAAGCCUCAAUUUCCUAUCUAUAAAUUAGGGAUAUAAAAAUAGUACCUACCUUUUGGGUUAUUGAAAGGAUUAAAAGAGUGCAUAAAAUGACUGGCUGCUAGUACCUGCUCAAUAAAUGAUGGCUGCUAUUAGUAGCAAUAUUUAGAGCUUGUUGCUGCUGCCUUUCUCAGCCAGCAGAGGUCUCCAUCACAGUCAAACCAGGGCUAGCUUCCCCAUGACAGUAUGCAGGGCUGCCAAGCAAACCCACUGUUGCCAGAGAAAGUGGUAAAAGAAUUUUUACCACCCUCUCUGAAAGAAGGAGAAGAAAUUGAAGGCAAGAGAGUAGGGAGUAGUUAGAAUUCCAUGGUUAACUGUUAUAUGAAUAGGUGACCAUGAAUUAAGAUUGUCUAAAUUCUAGUAUUGCUUCAGAAACUUUCACUCACUGCCCCUCACUGCAUCCCCCUUAGCCAGUUAUAAAGUUGAGUUUAAAAAAAAAAUUACUCACACAUACCUCAAAAGAGCAGUAGGAAUUAACUGGCAAAUGUUUCUGUAAAGUUCUCCGAAAACAUGGAGUGCUGCUAAAUAAACACUUAAUAUUUCUCAUGGUAUUAAGCUUAUUUCAUCUUUAUCACCAGUUAUACUUCAAGCCUCAGUUUUGCUUCCACUGUAAUAUAUUUCCUUUAACCUUCUUUUCCAAGACAGGCUUACACCUCCAAGUUCAAUUAUUCUGUCAAUUUUGUUUUAAAUUGUGCUGAUUUCUAUUAAUUACUCAUGGUAUCAAUUUGUUGAUCUUUUCUUUUUUCUGAACCAAUCAUCUUUACACCCACCAAAAGCUGGAAUGACAGUUAAAUUUAAGAAGGUGAGAAUUAUUCAAGAGAAAUUAAAGCACAGAAGUAAAGACAGUGGGAAAACUGAGAUUCAAAAGAGCACUGAGCGGAAAAUACACAUGUACUAAAAAGCAUAGCACAAAGCACAUAGAGGCACAGAGGGAAAAGAGAAGAGAGAGGUAGAAAACGCAUCCUACUUCUGCCUGCUACACCUCUCUUUCAGCACCAAGGACAGAGCUUCUGAAGGGCUGACCCAAGAAACAUUCAGUUUAGGGUCCCUCCCAAAUCACCUAGAGAACAUGAUGCAUUCAAAAGCAGCUUUGAAACAUGCGUUUCUGAGUCCUGGGAAAGGCAAAGUUUGCUUUGCUUGAGCAUAUCUGCUGUCAGUAAAUGGCUGCAGGAGCUGAGGUGCUAAACUCCACAGUCUCCAGAAACCAGAAGAAAUUUUCAGGGAAACGUGCUGGGGUCACUCCUCUUCCUCUGGGCCAUGGCGCCUCUUAGCCAACUGGGGGGCCACAUCAACUCCACUUGUGCAGCAGAGAACACCACAGGGGCCAGCCGGGCCCGCCCGCAUGCCUACUAUGCCCUGUCCUACUGCACACUCAUCCUGGCCAUAGUCUUUGGCAAUGGUCUGGUGUGUGUGGCCGUGCUGAGGGAACGGGCCCUACAGACCACCACCAACUAUCUGGUGGUGAGCCUGGCCGUGGCGGACCUGCUAGUGGCCACCUUGGUGAUGCCCUGGGUGGUGUACCUGGAGGUAACAGGUGGAGUCUGGAAUUUCAGCCGAGUCUGCUGCGAUGUUUUCGUCACCCUGGAUGUCAUGAUGUGUACAGCCAGCAUCCUGAACCUCUGUGCCAUCAGCAUCGACAGAUACACUGCCGUGGUCAUGCCAGUUCACUACCAACAUGGCACGGGACAGAGCUCCUGUCGGCGUGUGGCCCUCAUGAUCACGGCCGUCUGGGUACUGGCCUUCGCCGUGUCUUGCCCUCUCCUCUUUGGCUUCAACACCACAGGAGACCCCAGCAUCUGCUCUAUCUCCAACCCUGAUUUUGUCCUCUACUCUUCAGUGGUGUCCUUCUACCUACCCUUUGGAGUGACUGUGCUUGUCUAUGCCAGGAUCUAUGUGGUAUUAAGACAGAGGAGACGGAAACGCUUCCUCACUCGACAGAACAGUCAGUGCCUCAGUGUGAGGCCUGGCUUCCCCCAGCAGUCUUCCUGUCUACGGUUGCACCCCAUUCGGCAGUUUUCAAUAAGGGCCAGAUUUCCAUCAGAUGCCAUGGGGAAAACGGAACAUUCAGAAGACAAACAAUAUCCCCAGAAAUGUCAGGACUCUCUCUUGUUACACCUGCAGCCCCUUUCCCCUGGCCAGACACACAUGGAGUUGAAGCGCUACUACAGCAUCUGCCAAGAUACUGCCUUGGGGAGACCAGGCUUCCAGGAAGGAGAAGGAGAGUUGAAAAGGGCAGGGAGGACUCGGAACUCCCUCAGCCCCACCAUGGCCCCCAAGCUCAGCUUAGAGGUUCGAAAACUCAGUAAUGGCAGGUUGUCAACAUCCCUGAAGCUGGGGCCUCUGCAACCUCGGGGAGUACCACUUCGGGAGAAGAAGGCAACCCAGAUGCUGGUUAUUGUGCUCGGGACCUUCAUUGUCUGCUGGCUGCCCUUCUUCUUGACCCAUGUUCUCAAUACCCACUGUCAAGCAUGCCACGUGUCCCCAGAGCUUUACAGUGCCACAACGUGGCUGGGCUACGUGAACAGCGCCCUCAACCCCGUGAUCUAUACCACCUUCAAUGUCGAGUUCCGCAAAGCCUUCCUCAAGAUCCUAUCUUGCUGAUGGAGAGGAGAGAAGACUCCCUGUGCCCACUGUUAGCUGCCUGGCCACAGGGCUGCUGGCCAGAGUCUGCUCAGAACAACUGUGCCAUGUUCUCUGGCAUGUGGCAGGGAGAAGAUUCCUGGAGCCAGGAUGUCCCUGAGUGGCAGGUGUAACCACCUGCUUCCUCCAGAACAGAAUGUUCUACCUCCACAGCUAAAAUCUGAUUUCAUCCUGGCAGUCUUCAAGUGGUUCAGGGGCCCCCGAGUGAUAAGCAAUAAUUCAGAGAGAAGCAGAUAGAACACGACUCCACACACAAACACAAUUGUCAUCAGAGGCAUGAUUCAUUACAGUGAAGGGAAAAUGAACAGAUCUCAUAAUUCUCAACUUGCCAGGGGUCCUUGAAAUCUCAGCCAGUAAACCAUCUUGCAGAAUAGCCAGGCUCUCUGCCUUCAAACUUCUGAUUAACUGUCAGGCUUACCUUGUAGUUUCAUGGACCCACCCUCUCUGGUCAUUCCUUUUAUUCGCUGCAUCCUGAACUAUAACUGCAACACCAGUGCUUCCUCCUCUCCACAGAAUCUGACUGGCUACAUUUGGUGGGGGAAAUUCUUCACCCUGAGGGAGAUAGGGUCCCACACUGGGGCCUGGGGCUUCAUUUCAAACUGCGCUCUAGCUAAGAAGCCCCUUGGAUUCCAUUCCCAUACUCUCAGUCUCAGCUCCAGAGUAAUCAAGAUAGGGAUGUUAGGAGUUCCCAUUGUGGCUCAGUGGGUUAAAACCUGACAUAGUGUCUGUGAGGAUGCAGGUUGGAUCCCUGGCCUCAUUCAAUGGGUUAAGGAUCUGGCAUCGCUGCAAGCUACA